UGGACUCUUGCUUGUCUUCAACGCGACGCCAAUGGAGAUAUCGCUGCUGUUCUCGCCUGAGAGCCCGCCGCUCUCCGUGAUCGUUGCUGCGAGGAUCUCCGAGGUUGCGAUCUUGCCUGACCCUUCCCUCCCUCCUGCAUCCGACCCUGUCUUCGUCUUCUCCUCUGGAUUGAAAUUGCAUGGAACCAAUACUCUGCUGCGAUAUCUUGGGCGAGUUUCAUCUCUUUCCAAUUUUUAUGGGCAGGAUGCACUUGAAUCAGCGCAGAUUGAUGAAUGGCUUGAGCACGCGACCAUUUUUUCAUACGGGUCUGAGUUUGAGACUGCCUGUGGCCAUGUGGAUGCCCACCUUGCUCUUCGAACUUUCUUAGUUGGAUAUAGCUUGUCCAUAGCUGACGUAUCUAUAUGGUCUGGUCUUGCUGGUACUGGACAAAGAUGGGAAAGUCUGAGGAAGUCAAAGAAAUACCAAAAUUUGGCUCGAUGGUUCAACAGUAUAACAGCAGAAUAUGGUGUGCUGAGUGAAGUCACAGCCUCAUAUGUGGGGAAAAGAGGGUUAGGGAAGGCUCCAGCAACAAGUUCCAAGGGAAUAGAACCUUCUUCUAGUCAAGCUGUGAGUAGAAAGGAGAAUGUCACAAAUGGGGAAGUUGUUUUGAAAGAAAAAACUGGUGGAUUUGAGGUAGAUCUUCCUGGUGCUAAAGUUGGAGAGGUGUGCUUGAGAUUUGCUCCAGAACCCAGUGGGUAUCUCCACAUUGGGCAUUCCAAGGCUGCUUUGCUUAACCAAUACUUUGCAGAUAGAUAUAAAGGCCGGCUAAUUAUUCGCUUUGAUGACACAAAUCCAUCAAAAGAAAGCAAUGAGUUUGUGGAAAAUGUCCUAAAAGAUAUUGAAACAUUGGGCAUAAAAUAUGAUAAUGUUACUUACACAUCAGAUUUUUUCCCACAAUUGUUGGAUAUGGCUGAGAGUUUGAUUGUCAAGGGAAAAGCAUAUGUAGAUGAUACGCCUAGGGAGCAGAUGCAGAAGGAGAGAAUGGAUGGCAUUGAAUCAAGAUGCAGGAAUAAUAGUGGCGAUGCGAAUUUAUCUUUGUGGAAGGAAAUGAUUGCUGGCUCUGAAAGGGGUCUGCAGUGCUGUGUUCGAGGUAAAUUGGACAUGCAGGACCCAAACAAAUCAUUGAGAGAUCCAGUUUAUUACCGAUGCAAUCCAGUACCUCAUCAUCGUAUUGGGACUACGUAUAAGGUGUACCCAACAUAUGACUUCGCCUGCCCGUUUGUUGAUUCUGUUCAAGGUAUAACACAUGCCCUUCGUUCAAGUGAAUAUCAUGACCGUAAUGCACAGUAUGACCGCAUAAUGGCGGAUAUGGAACUGCGGCCUGUCCAGAUUUAUGAAUUUAGCCGAUUGAACAUGGUAUAUACAUUGCUUAGCAAGCGGAAGCUUCUUUGGUUUGUUCAGAAUGGGAAAGUUGAUGGAUGGGAUGAUCCUCGUUUCCCAACUGUGCAAGGAAUAGUCCGCAGAGGCCUGAAAAUUGAAGCAUUGAUACAGUUCAUUCUGCAACAGGGUGCUUCGAAGAACCUGAACCUUAUGGAAUGGGACAAGCUAUGGACUAUCAAUAAGAAGAUAAUUGACCCUGUAUGUCCAAGGCAUACCGCUGUCCUUGAGGACCGGCGAGUGAUUUUGUCUCUUAGUAAUGGCCCUGAAAAGCCAUUUGUCCGCGUUAUACCAAGGCAUAAAAAGUACGAGGGUGCCGGAAUGAAAGCUACUACAUACACCAGGAGGAUCUGGUUAGAUUAUGCGGAUGCAUCAUUGAUCUCCGAGGGUGAGGAGGUAACAUUAAUGGAUUGGGGGAAUGCAAUUGUCAAAGAAAUUAAGAAAGAGAAUGGAAUUGUUACUCAACUUCAUGGAGUUCUGCACCUUGAAGGUUCUGUUAAGACGACAAAAUUGAAGCUUACAUGGCUUCCUGAGACAGAUGAGCUGGUUAAUCUGUUAUUGCUCGAGUUUGACCACUUGAUCAAAAAGAAAAAGUUGGAAGAAGAAGAUGAUUUUCUCGACAAUCUUAAUGAGUGCACAAAGAAGGAGACCGCAGCUCUCGGUGAUUCAAACAUGCGAAACCUGCAACGUGGAGAGAUUAUUCAACUCGAAAGGAGGGGCUAUUACAGAUGCGAUGUUCCUUUCAUUAGGCCUUCAAAGCCCAUAGUACUUUUUGCCAUUCCAGAUGGCAGGCAACAGGCAUCACUGAACUAGUUUUGAUAUACAAUGAUGAUCACUGAGAUCAACAUUGAUGUGUUUUAGAGAUUACAAAGCUUUCUUUUGAUAAGAAAUAUGUAGAACCUCAUUACUUUAUCUUCUAGACAAUUUGGUUUUCAUUGAGUUAUGGCUCAGAUUUUGAGUGUCACAUUGUGUUUA